UGAGGGGGCGCGCGCAUGCACGAGCUACUGCUCUUCGGAUGUUGACGGAAGUUUACUGUGGACACAUGCGUUUAUUUUGUUUCUGUUCCGGAGUAUUCUGUCACGUCGCGAGACGUAAGGGAGUAGAGUACGGAAGCAGAGUGUUCCAUUCUUUCAGCAGUCAGUUAUAGGCCUAACAUCGGUUAUUCAAGGGGGCCUCAAAGGUGGUACGUCUCAAAAAUCCACAUGAAUUCCAGGAGCCAAGGGUUUGAACAGAACAGCAGAACAUUGCCCAGAGCAUCACACUUCCUCCACCAGCUUGCCUUCUUCCCAUAGUGCAUCCUGGUGCCAUCUCUUCCAGAGCACCAGUGGAAGGCCAACUAUGGAUAGGCGAUGCAAUGGUUGUGCUUCAAAGUUCACUCUCUUCAAAAAAGAGUUGGGCUGCAAAAACUGUGGACACUCAUUUUGUUCAGGGUGUCUAACAUUUAGAGCGUCGGUGCCACGCUAUGGUAACACUCAACAAAAAGUCUGCAAGCAGUGCCAUGGCAAUCUCACAAGUGGUGGAAAACCGAAUGACGCUGCAAGAUGGUCACCACCUGAAAACUACAAAAAGCGGGUUGCUGCGCUUGAAGCCAAACAGACUCAACCUCAUCAGCCUCCCAGACGUGCUAGUGGACCGAAUAAUACAUCAGCUCUCAUUUCAACCAAGGGUCUUAGUAAGGAGGACCAAGUGAUUGCACAACGACUCCAGAAGCUGAAAGAGGAAACAAAACCAAAAUCCAUACCAUCUGAGAAGGAGAUAGAGACUCGUCUCGCUGCACUGAAAGCUCCAGAUCAGCCAGUGCCUUCGGCUCGAGAAAUGGAAGACCGUUUGGCUGCUUUACAAGGAAGACAGCCUCCUUCUCAAGCUCCUCCAUCAGUUCACCAGCCUCCUGAUAGCAGGACUCAAACCGAACAGGCCAAUGACUUGAUCACGCAAAUGACGGAGGAGGUUGCUAUUGACGGACAACAGUGCCCUGAUGCUGAUAACUCUGAGAGUCCAGUCACACCCCUAAAUGAUCUAAACAAGCAAGCAAGCUGGACAGUGGAUGAGAAUUUGGAUAGUGAGCAGCUGUCUCUCAAGCAGAUAGAGGAGGAAAAGAGCCGCUUGCUGGCCAAGGCCAUGGAGGAGCUGAAACGAGAUGAAAACGGCCAGGGGCAGCUUCUUCAGGUAGCCAAGAGACUGGCUGUGCUGCAGGGGCGAGACCCAGACAAAGUCACUAUGACAGACUUCCAGCAACCUGACAGUGAUGAAGAGACCGAGGAGGAAGCAAUUGCCAGGAUUCUAAAAAGGCUGUCAGAAGAGUCGGCUUUAGAUGAAGCCAGUGGUUAUAACAUCCCUCCAGAGCGCAGAGGCCCAGAAAAUAAAGAAAAGCCCAAUUCAAAUAAGAAGCAGCUUCCAUCUCAGUCAUCUAAAACAAAGCUUCCUGCUGUCUCUGUGAACUGGAGUGCCACACGUGAUGAGGAGGAUGAUGAUGAGGAAGAUGAGCUGCCCUGGUGCUGUAUCUGUAAUCAGGAUGCCACCAUUCGGUGCCACACAUGCGACCAGGACCUGUACUGCAACCGCUGUUUCAGGGAAGGCCAUGAUGAAUACGAUCGAAAAGAACACCACACGUCCAGCUACACAGCCCCUAAGAAAAGCAAGAAGAAGACAGGAUCUUCGAAACGCACUUAAAGUGUGUCACCAACAAGCCAAAUGUGUCAGUACAGAUAUAUAAAUUAAUUUCAAAGUAAAUACAGUUUAUCAUUAACAAAUUAAUUUAAAUAUCUAUAAGUGGUUGUCGAAAGCAGCCUAGGUAUUUUGAAGUGCACUAGCCUCUGGCAUAAUGAUAUGUUUUUUGAUAUCUAAUAUACUGUGGUUUUCAUCUAUGUUUGAUAUCUAAAGUAGUAUUCAUCAAGGUUUAAUAUCUGUUCUAGUUUUUAUUAAAAGAAUGUAGUUAAAUGUAAUGUUUAUUCAUUAAUUCGUUCAUUCGUAUCCGGUAAAGGCUUUCUCCUGCCCAGGGUUGCAGCGGAUCAGGAGCCUUUCCCAGAAGCACUGAGGCAAGCACGAUGCCAUCCGUUACACAUUAGCUUAGACAAUCCACUUACCGGCAUGUUUUUGGGAGGAAACCGGAGAAACCCACACAAACCCUAACCACACGCUCAGGAUCGAACCAGGGACUCUGGAGCUGUGAGGCAGCAACGGUACACUCUGCACCAACAUGCUGUUCUAGUAGUGUUUAAUGUACAUCUAAAUGUUGAUUUGUGGGUUAAAGACUUUUUUCCCCCCUAACUGAGCACUACAACAAAUGAAGCAAAUUAUUAUUUAAAUAAAAUAACAUUUUUGGAAAACAAACAAGCAAAAAGUCUUCUUUCACUUCCACUAGGGACAGUUGUGGCAUCCCUCAGAAAAGGUAUUUAGUAGAAACUGAACAAAGGCAUGGUGAUACAUUGUGGUGUGUAUAUAAUGAGUGAUAACGAGUCUUUAUUGGUCACAUAUACGUGUACAAAUUGAAAUUCUUUUCUUCGCAUACGCCAGCAUGCCAGGAAGUUGGGGUCAGAACGCAGGGUCAGCCAUGAUACAGUGCCCCUGGAACAGAGAGGGCUAAGGGCCUUGCUCGAGGGCCCAACAGUGACAGCUUGGCUGCACCGGGGUUUGAACCGCCGACCUUCUGAUCAGUAACCCAGAGCCUUAACCGUCAAGCCCCAUAUAUACAUGCCCCAUAAAACAUUAAAAUAAACAUUAAAAUACGGGAUGUGAUAUAGCACUAUACUGAAAAACAUAAUUCAUCAAUCCAUACAACAGAUUUCACAGAGGUUUUUUUUUUUGUGAUUGUUGCACUGCCCUUUUUUUUUUUAAAUUCCGAUGCAGCUUGAGUUUUUUGUGCUUUUUUGUGGAAAACUACUUGAAUUAGUUAAAUUGCAACUGCACGAAAUUGUUUUGCACGGUCUUUAGCAGUGAUAUUUGUUGGUAAAUUAGAUUUUUUAGCUGUACUCGCAUUUGACGCAUUCAUGACACAUCUUGGCCCAAAUCUGUGAAACAUUGCAAGCUCCUCCGAAUAUUGCGGAGUUUUCUGUUUAUUUCUGCAAUCGCGAAAUCCUGGAAGGACCGAUUCAUGGAUCAAAGUAUUUAAGUUAAGGGAGGAAUUUCCACUUAAGUAAAAUAUGUAAGUUUAACAAAAAGGUAAUUAAUGGCAGGUUUAUGUUAAACUCAUUAAAUAAACUUAAUUUAUUGUGGUAACAUGGAAAUUAUAUUAAUAUGUAAAAGCUACUUACAGCUAAAAUCAAUUUUUAGAGUGUACAUGGUGGAAGAACCCCAGGCAAUAAGAGAAGUUUUAGAGAGAAGAUUUAAUCAUGUCUCAUGUGCUGUCUGUGUCGGUCAGUAAUGCACUAUGACAACUGCUUGAAGUCUUUGUAAAGGCUUUAUGUCCAAGCACAAAUGCCAGGCUUUCAUUUGAUCAGUGCCAAAGAGCUAAAUGAGUUUCAGCUGUGUCUGGCUUGUGGCUUGUGUGAUAGUUGCGGUCAUGUUUAACAGAGACAUGAGUCACUACACCAUUCAGUGCCCUGCUACCCACCCUCCUUCUGUGUCUGUCUCUCUCUCUCUCUCUCUCUCUCUCUCUCUCUCUCUCGCUCGCUCGUUAUUUCUCCUAUCUGAUCCAGGAUUGUUAUACAACAUCAAGUGUCCUAUUGUUCCUAUUGGAUUUUUUGGAUGCUUAAUUACAUUGCGCUGUGAUUAUAUUGGCAGGAAUUGAAAUGAAUUUAAAGUUAGCUGCUAUGAGUAGAAUGGCCAUCACAGAUACAGAGGAAAUGUAAUAGGGAGAGAUGAGUGCAUUAGCAAGCAUUAUAGACCAGCUCUUGGGACAUAUAAUCAUUGGGUGGUCCAUCAUAGAGAGGUGGGAUGAAUGUGUAAAGGGGAGAUGAGUGGCAAGGAAGUGCCUUAGCAUUGGCGAGUGCUCCAGCAUUAUGGGGUUUAAGUAUAGUGAGUGAUCCAUUAGGACAGCAAUCAUCUGCUUUAUUUUUUUUUUUGCUAAAAGAGGAGAACAGGCUUGUCUCACUGGCUGAAAAAUAAUUUGAAGCCUAAAAGUGCUUGUGUAAAAAGCUACAUUCAUGUAAGAGUGCCUGUUGCGGUUGCUAUAGUGAUGAGAGCAACUUCUCAAAUGUCCUUGUGGCGUACUGUUUGUGAGUAAUAAUGCCGUGUUCAGAUAUUUUUUGAUUGCUCUCUGUUGUGAAACAAAGUUGGCAUUACUCAAUUCUGAAGUAAAUUUUAUAAUUAUUAUUGAACUUAUAUUAUUGUAGUAUUACUUAAUUACAUUUCUGGAAGAAAAAAAAACUUAUAGAAAAAAUGUUUAAGGUCUUUUCUUUCAUCCAGCCAAUGACUGUAUGCUAUAUAUCAAUUGAAUUGACCCU